GACACAGACGGACGGAGCCGGAGAGAGGAGGACAGGAGCCGGCCACUGUGCAGGAGGACAGCGGUGGCUGCUGGAGCGAGAGCAACAGCAACAACAACAACAGCACAGGUUCAACCUCUGAUGUCUCAAGGUGCUGGUCCAUCCCUUUGACCUGUUUGAGAGUACAAGCUGGACUGUUUGUCCCAAUGCCGCCCCCAUCAGACAUCGUGAAGGUGGCGAUCGAAUGGCCAGGAGCCAAUGCCCAGCUGAUUGAGAUAGACCAGAAAAAGCCACUGAUUGCAAUUAUCCGGGAGGUCUGUGAUGGGUGGUCUUUACCUAACCCAGAGCACUAUACUCUACGGUAUGCUGAUGGGACCCAGCUAUACAUUACAGAAAAGACUCGCAAUGAGAUUAAAAAUGGAACUAUUCUGCGGUUGGCCAUUUCCCCCACUCGAGCAGCCCGUCAGCUGUUGGAAAGGAUACAGUCUUCUGGCCUAGACUCCCGACUCGAUGCUCUGAAAGAGCUGGCGAAACUUUCUGCUGAUGCCACCUUCGCCACUGAGUUUAUCAACAUGGAAGGAAUUUUCAUCCUCACUCUCCUGGUGGAAAGUGGAACCAAUUUUGGCGAGAUGCUAGCCUUCACACUGACCGCAUUCCUGGAGCUUAUGGAUCAUGGGAUUGUCUCGUGGGAUAUGAUCUCCACUGCCUUCAUCAAACAGAUUGCAAGCUAUGUCAACCAAACGUCAGUGGAUGCUUCCAUCCUGCAACGGUCACUGGCCAUUCUGGAGAGCAUGGUGUUGAACAGCCAAAGCCUCUACAAGAAAGUGGCAGAGGAGAUCACUGUGGGGCAACUCAUUGCUCAUCUCCAGGUAUCGAACCAGGAAAUCCAGACUUACGCCAUUGCGCUGAUCAAUGCUUUAUUCCUGAAAGCACCAGAGGAUCGUAGGCAGGAGAUGUCCAAUAUCCUGGCACAGAAGCAGCUGAGGUCCAUAAUUUUAAACCACAUUAUUCGAGGAAACCGUCCAAUCAAAACAGAAAUGGCCCAUCAGCUGUAUGUCCUUCAGGUUCUGACCUUUAACCUUCUAGAGGAGAGGAUGAUGACCAAGAUGGACCCUCAGGAUCAAGCACAAAGGGAUAUCAUAUUUGAACUGCGAAGAGUUGCCUUUGAUGCUGAAUCUGAUCCAAACAGCAGCAGCAAUCUGGAGAAGCGGAAAGCCAUGUACACGAGGGAUUAUAAAAUGCUGGGGUUCGUGAAUCAUGUCAAUCCAGCCAUGGACUUUACCCAGACCCCUCCAGGAAUGCUUGCACUUGACAACAUGCUGUACUUGGCCAAGGUUCACCAGGACACCUAUAUCAGGAUUGUCCUCGAGAACAGCAGUCGAGAGGAUAAACACGAAUGUCCCUUUGGCCGCAGCAGCAUUGAGCUCACCAAGAUGUUGUGCGAGAUCCUGCAAGUCGGAGAGCUGCCUAAUGAGGGCUGCAAUGAGUACCAUCCCAUGUUCUUCACCCAUGACCGAGCUUUUGAAGAGUUCUUCUGCAUCUGCAUCCAGCUGCUCAACAAGACAUGGAAGGAGAUGAGGGCGACAUCGGAAGACUUUAACAAGGUCAUGCAGGUGGUGCGUGAACAAAUAACAAGGUCCCUGAGCACGAAGCCAAACUCUCUGGAUCAGUUCAAGAGUAAAGCCCGUGGCCUGAGUUACUCCGAAAUCCUGAGACUCCGACAGUCUGAAAGGAUGAGCCAGGAUGACUUCCAGUCACCGCCGAUUGUUGAGCUGCGAGAAAAGAUCCAGCCUGAGGUGAUGGAGCUCAUUAAACAGCAGCGUCUGAACAGACUGUGUGAAGGCACUAGCUUCCGCAAAAUCAGCAACCGCAGGCGCCAAGAUAAAUUCUGGUAUUGCCGACUGUCUCUCAAUCACAAGGUGUUGCACUAUGGUGAUCUGGAUGAGAAUCCACAGGGUGAGGUGGCCUUUGAAUCACUGCAGGAAAAAAUUCCUGUUGUAGAUAUCAAAGCAGUGGUAACUGGGAAGGACUGCCCUCACAUGAGAGAAAAGAGCGCCCUGAAACAAAACAAGGAAGUUCAAGAGUUGGCUUUCUCAAUCCUUCAUGAUCCUGAUGAGGCCCUAAACUUUAUUGCCCCUAACAAAUACGAGUACUGUAUCUGGACUGAUGGACUGAACGCCCUGCUGGGAAAAGAGAUGACAAGCGAACUGACGAAGAACGACCUGGAUACUUUGCUAAGUAUGGAAAUGAAACUCCGCCUGUUAGACCUGGAGAAUAUCCAAAUCCCUGAGACACCACCUCCUAUUCCCAAAGAACCCAGCAGCUAUGACUUUGUGUAUCAUUACGGCUGAGCAGUGAGAUGACCAGCAACUUGAAAGCACAAAAAAAAGGAAAAAAAACACAGCAACGUUCUGUGAACAAACAUAACAACCUGUUCAACCAGCUCUCGAAAAUAAAUUGCCUUCAUUGAGUACAGCGCUGUUAAGUAGCGGGAAGACACAAAAGGCCAAACAUGCUAUUUCCACUCUGUUCUGAGGAAGCUGGAGGUUCAAGACAGACCUUGGGCCCUUUAGAAAGAAUUCUGUAUUUAAUAUUUUAGACAGGUUUAAGAAUUUGGAUAAUGUGAUUUGCUACAGUGACGUUUGUAUGAUGAUUAAUAAUUUAUUAGUGUUCUAGUAGGCCAAACUGCUUAUGUAGACUUUUCACUGUAUGCAAAUAAUCCUCCAUCCAAUAUUAUUCAAUCCUGUUGUUCCAUUACUGGAUAAUGGAUUGUGUUUGUAUAAUCUAGUCUGUAUAUAGUGUGUGUGAAUGUCACAGAAUAUGUACACAAGGCGAGUUUCCUUUAGAUUCUGAUAUUUGGGAGUGCCUUUGCGCUGUCAUCUGGGAAUACUUUCUACUUGUUUUGUAAGCUCUAACUUUGAGUGGUGAAUAAUUUUGAUGGAAAUGUAUGAACUAUUAUUCUCUUUAAUCAGUUUAUUCUCCUCCUCUGAAUCUCUGCUGCAAUACCAUUCUGGACCUUGCAGCCAUGAAGUGAGGUGCAGAAACAGCUGGAGAGGCAACUCUGCAAAUGAGGAGGAGUUUUUUUAUAAAUACCACUUCUGAAAUCCAGUGCCAUUCAUAAACUGCUCAAGUUCACUUUUCAUCUUUUUCUGAUUUAGAUUACUUGAUUACUGCCUUGCAGCUUAUUCUGAUCAUCCUAUGACUUUGUAAUUUGGAUAGUCCAGGUGCACAUAUCAGAAUGGUGCUGGUAAAUCAUGGUUGAAUAGCAUUUGGCCUUUCAAGAAUAUUGGAGCUCUGGCAAAGGUGCUUAGUAUCCUCUGUUUCCCACCUUUGCACCAAAAUUUCAUUUUUUAUUUGAGAUCUUCUCACGGGUAUUCAACUAAGUAGGUACCUGAAUAGGUUAGAUUAUAGAUAUUGAAUCGAAAGGUACUCAGUUGGUCUUGGUAAGCACACUGAACUGAUAUACGAAUGGACUAGAUUACAGACAUUGAAAUCAAAGGGUACUUGAAUAGUGUAGAUGAGGACACUGAUUUAUACAGGAACUCAAAACAACUAGAUUAUAAAAUACUGAAAUCAAUGGGUCACUUUGUUAAGAAGACCAACUUUGCUUUUGAGCCAUGUAAUGAGAGAGCUCGAAUGUUGCUGUAUCUAAGCUAUCUAUUAAUAAUGCAAAAGACUUAUAAGUUAUAGAGCUUCCUUUGCAUCCGUAAGUAUUAUUAACUUUAGGUAACAUUAUUAGCAUGUCAUGUUACCAUCUUCUCAAUAGCAGACUUGUAUUUUAUUGAAUGACCAAAAAAACAGUCUCUUUGCUGAUGCACUGGACAUGAAGAUUUAUAAGUAGCUGACUUUAUACCCUGUUUAAUUACGACAAGGCAGAAUUUGAACUGUAGGCAACAAAUGGCAUAAUUUACACCCACAUCAAAACUUGGUACUGUUGCAUCAUGCCAGCUGGUUUUAUACUUGACUUUAUAACUGGCUUUUUCAAAGGGAACACGUGAUGAGCUAUAAAAUAUGAGUAAUGCAUCCAACUCCAGCUUGUCUUACAACUUUUCGUCCAUGAUUUUCUAACUAUGAGAACAUGGUGCUUUGGAUUUACGGUCUUUGUCGACUGGGGGUUAAGUUUCACUUUCUCCCUUCUAAAGAAAUACCAAGUCUUAACAGCAGUUUACACUUGACAUGAGGCAUUUUAUUGAGAAGUAUGUUUUUUAUAUUUACAGUAAUUGGAUAUUUGGGACUGAGUCACAAGCUUUAGAAUGCAUUUGAUACUUCUCAAAUACUUGAGAUGCCUGCAUUAAUGUGUUAAAUGAUACUUAGUUGAGGAACAGAUUAUAGGGCAGCAAGAUACAAGGCAAUGUAAGUCAUCAAACUAAAUUAGGACCUGCAAACCCAUCCAAGAACAUUUAAAUUACACGCUAGGAAGAGGUUUCCAUGUAAACAAAUACAGGAAAUUGUGCCUUUUAAGUAACUGAACUAUAAAGUGCAUUUUAAUUAGACAUCAUUGUUACAUUCUUCCUUCUGAAAAGCAUUGGGCAUAUAUUAUACACGCGGACUGGAUCAUUCUCACACCCAAAAUAACUGAGCAUUAGAUUUUAAAACAAUUAGUUCUGCCACAGUAAAUAUGGGCAGUAACAUCCUGUGAAUUAAUGACAAUCUGCCAGAUGUAUUCUUCUAAUAAACAUAAUAUUGUAAAAGGGAAAGAGAUAAAAAGAGAAACAGCAAGUACCGAAGACAAGAUGCUAGAAAUCCAGUGUCGAAGUCACUCAAUCUGGAAAACACUGUAUCAAAUAUGCGUAAAAAUGGAUGCUAUCUACAUCUUCCUCUGUAUCCAAGCAAUGUAAAUUUUACCCUAACAGGUUGUAAGAUAUGUAUAAGAACCAGUUUUAGUUAUCUAACUGGUCAUUUUUGUGAGAUUAAAUACAAAUUGUCUCUCGUACUUGCUUUUCAAAGAAACAGUUCAACAUUUUGAGAAGUAAGUUCACUUUCCCUAUGUUGCUGCUUUCCUCUCCCAUAAUCCCUGAUAUCUGGAAAUUGUAGCAUCAUCUCCCGUUAAUCCAUUGUGGGCUGGCUGUGAUCGCUUCCGAGCUGUUCGGAUCAUUUAAAAUCUUUACUGAUUGGAUGGGAAGCCCGAAGAAUCCUUUGUAAAGACCUUGUUGAAAAUGGAAGCAGUCUCUUCUGGGUGUUGAACAUUGUUUUCUAAAAUAACCUGGACUCUUGCAGGUAUUUGAAUCAAAGGGCUCCCAGAGUUUUUAAAGCAAAAAUUUGGCAUAAAAAAGUUAACAAUUUAUUACAAUCCUUCCAUUGUGAUAUUCCCAGAUGAGUAAUCUUUACUGUGGUUUAUGUAUGAAGCUAUUUCUAAUGUCAUUUCGGAGAAUAUUUGUCUAUUGUACUAUUAAUGGUCAGAAUGUUAUAUUGGCUGAUAAGAUUAA